CAGUAAAACACGGAGAAUAUAUAGCACUGAUUUAAACACUUAAAUAUACAUACAUGGCGGUCUGAGGCAAUGCACUUACUGCAGACUUGAGUGGGUCGACCUUCCCUGAGCCUGCAGGGCAAACUACAUGCGUGUCAGUGCAAGUUUUUUGUCCAUGUGCAAAGCUCAUCUUAGCAGUGGGAGUGGGAGCUGCCACUGACGUCAGCGACGCGGUUACGCCUUUCACGCACUGCGCAUGUCUGCGAAUCUGUCUGUGUUUACCGAGCAGAAGUCGGUUCCUCAUUCAUCGUUUACCAUCAAAAAAGGUACGUUUUUAGCUCUUCAGUUUGCAUGCUCAUUCCGCUAUGUGUUAAAUCUAUCUGUAAUUUGACAUGAAAAUCAAUACUGUGCUUAACUUCUAAUGGUUACCACUACAAUUCUGCAUUCAAAACCUAUGUGUCAUUUGACUUUUUAAGCCAACCGUGAUCCCCCUUAAGUCGUAGAUAUGAAGCUACGAAUUUGAAACUAGCUUCGCUGUCGCUCUCUGUUUUGACUCCAUGUAUGUGUGGCUGCGUAUGUCGCCUCCUCUCCUGCACUAGUUUAACGCUUCUCCAUCUCCCACCUCUGCCAACCUCCUCCAGCGCCGGCAGCACAAUGGCAGCGGCGGCCCCCAACCCGGAGGAUUCCGCCCGGAGCGGCGGCAGCAGCGGCACCAGCACACCCAGCGCCCUUGCCGGAGACGGGGACGCCGAAGAGGCCGAGGACUUCACGUCGUCCUCCCACUGCUCGGAGUUGUCUCGGCGGCAGAACGAGCAGAGGAAGCAGGGCUUGUUUUGCGACGUGACGCUGGCCUUCAGCAGCGGGGCGGCCAGCGGGAGCGUCCAGAGCUGCGAGUUUUCAGCCCACAGGUCUGUCCUGGCUGCGGCCACCGAUUAUUUCACCCCCCUGCUCGGAGGACAGUUCUCCGAGUCCUUGUCCGGACGGGUGGAGAUGAAGGAGUGGAGCUCAGAGCUGGGGCCGGACCCGGAUACAGUGGAGAGUGUCAUCCAGUAUAUGUACACUGGAGAGAUACGCGUUAGCACCUGCAAUGUACAUGAAGUGCUGGAGCUAGCUGAUAGGUUUCUCCUGUUGCAGCUGAAGGAUUUCUGUGGUGAGUUCCUGAAGAAGAAGCUGAGCCUGACCAACUGUGUGGCCGUGCACAGUUUAGCCCACAUGUACACCUUGGACCAGCUGGCUCUACGGGCUGCAGACAUGAUCCGCCGCAACUUCCAUAAGGUUAUUCAGGAUGAGGAGUUCUACACGCUGCCUUUUCACCUGGUUCGUGACUGGCUGUCUGAUGCAGAGAUCACAGUGGAUUCUGAGGAGGUGCUGUUCGAGGCGGUGGUGAAGUGGGUGCAGAAGAACCCGGAGGAGCGAAGCCGCUACUUUGAGGAGCUGUUCCGUCUCUUGAGGCUGCCGCAGAUCAAGCCCACCUACCUGACCAGAGUGGUGAAAACUGAGCGGCUUGUGGCUGCCAAUGAGGCCUGCCUUCGGCUGGUGUCAGAGGCAGUAGAGGGCCACGCUAUUCGCUUUGAGAACCUCAAGUCAGCUGAUAUGGAGUUCUGGUCUUCACACAUGGCCUCCUUUCAGCCUCGCUUUGGUCAGAACAUGGACGUUAUCAUGGUGGUAGGCGGUGUAUCAGAGGGAGGGGACUAUCUGAGCGAGUGUGUGGGUUACUUCAUUUACGAGGACCGUUGGGUCAACCUGCCGCACAUCCAUAACCACCUGGACGGCCACGCCAUUGCCGCCACCGAGUCCCAUGUCUACGUAGCAGGUUCUAUGGAACCAGGCUUUGCUAAGACGGUGGAACGGUACAAUCCUAAUCGCAACACUUGGGAGCAGGUGAGCAACCUCACAACACGCAAGCACUCCUUUGGCCUCACCUGUAUUAAGGAUAUACUGUACAGCAUCGGUGGCCAUGGAAACUUCAGUCCAGGUUUUAAAGACGUCAGUAUAUACGAGCCUGAGCAGGACAAGUGGCACAAUCUUGAAUCUGCCCCCAAAAUCCUGCGGGAUGUGAAGGCAGUGAGUGUGGAGGACCGCUUUGUGUAUGUCACAGCGCGCACACCUGUCGAUACAGAUAAUGAGGAUGGACUGAAGACGGUGACCACUCGCUAUGACACAGAGAGCCGCCAGUGGCAAGAUGUUGACUCCCUGCCUCUUAUUGACAACUACUGCAUCUUCCAGAUGGCCGUAGCCUCGACUAACUUCUACCACACGGCCUCCUGCUGCCCCAAGAGCUACACAGUGCGGGAUGAGGUUGCCAAGCAAAAGAUAAGUGUGCGCAUCUCUGAUGAGAUCCUGGAGAGCCUGCCACCUGAGGUUACCAGCAUCGAGGGGGCUGCCAUCUGCCACUUCGACGAGGACGUCUUCAUCAUCGGAGGCUGGAAGAACAGUGACGACGUUGACAAGCAGUACCGCAAGGAGGCCUACCGCUACUGUGCCGAGAGGAAGCGCUGGAUGCUGCUGCCACCCAUGCCUCAGCCUCGCUGCCGAGCCACCGCCUGCCAUGUCCGCAUCCCCUAUCGCUUCCUGUACGGCUGCCAGCGUUACCCUAUGCCCCAGAACCUGGCCCGCCAGCGAGAUCGCAUGCAGCAGAUGCAGCAGCUUCACCGGCGCACACUCACCUUACGCCGGCAGCUGCAGUCGCAGAUAGAGUGCUGAGCAAGUCGGUGUCCGCUUCACCCAAGAACUACACGGCUCUGUCCGAGGAUACACUGCAAGCAUCCAUUCCAUCGCAGCCAUCCUCACUGACCCCCACUCAUACAUAACACGCUGCAGGGGGUCUUGUGUUGCUCUCAUACUGGAUUUUAUUAAACUGAACUCUGUGCCAUUGGCUUUCAUGCUGUGUUGUGUUGAUGGCUGAUUUGUUGAAAGCCAUGAAAUGUGUGUGCAGGUGUGUGCUGACCAGCUGGUGGUCUUUGUGAAGGGAUAAGGGGAAUGUAAACAUGUGAAUAAGAGUGUUAUAUAGCAGCCAACAAUUGAAUAUCCUUUUGUCAAGUAUGUUGGUAUAGAUGCUGUUUAUCUGUUUGUACAUAAAUAGUAUAAAGCUGUAUAUGUAAACAUUUAUAUGGAUAUUUUACAUUCCUUUAUUGUAUGCCUGUACCAGAGAGGCUAUGUGGCAUUACCAAUAACGCCAUUCCUACAUUCAACCGCUUAAAGAAGUCUCAUUCCAUGUUAACACUGUGACAAUCUCUUCAUGCCAGUAGAACAAAUGUCUUAACUUAUAUUUUAAACGCUCUACUAGAAUGGCUCUGCUUGUUACUGUUCAGCCUCAACAACUAAAUGUGAAUUAUUUCAAAAAGGCUAUGAAUCUUAAAAUCCUGUAGAAUAGUUUGCUUUUAGAUCGCAGUUUCCCUUCAACUGUUGUACUGAAUAUAUUUAAUAAUAAUUUAAUUUUUUGUCGCUCAUGUAACACUUGAAAACUUUUUCGUCAGGUUUCUGACAAGGCGAAAUGAUGAGACGCUGUGAUGUUGAAAAGAUCUGAUAAUAUGUAAUAAACUGAUUCCUUUGAGUUAUCUUAACAUUGAAACAUUCUAUUUGGUUGCUGUAGGAAGCACCAAUCACUAGCAAUGGCUCAAUCAUUCCUAUCUUUGGCACUUUGGCAGUCUGUUGCUUGGUGUUUUCCCAUUCAUUCAAGGAAAAUCAUUGAAAAUGUAUGCAUAUGUGUGAGUGCUGAGGUGUGUAUGAUUUGCAGAGCUUCUCUACAACUGCACUUUUAUGACAUCUAAUUGUUUGUAAGGUCUUACUGAAGCGAAGGGAUUUAAGUUGCCACUGCACUUUGAUGGUUUCAUUUGUUCCAUAUCAGACAAGGUGAUUGUAUUUUGAAAAGACUUUGUUUUGGCCAGUAAGUCAGUAAGUUUUGGUCCUCUUUCAAAAAACAUGUAACGGUUAUUUGCAGAUGUGUUUCAAACAUUAAAUGUCUUGGUAAACCUUCUGUAUUAUACAUCACUUUGCGCUGGGUGUAUAUGAGAGAUCUGCUGUUGUUCUGUGGUCUCCUCUCACCUUCCUUUAAAAAAAUGAGAUGAAAAGGAAUCUGACUGAUAAAAAAACCAAACAGGACUGUUAUACAAAUGUGUUGUGACUGACAUUUAGAAAUUCCCGCUGUCAAGCAGCGCAUUUUACAGCAUAAAGGUUACAGAGCGAAGGAAUUUCAUUCAUUUCCACUUUAUGACCAACAUAAAUAGCACUGCAAAUAUUAAGUUAUAAGCUAUGAAGAAUAACUAAGAGUAAGCUAUGUAAUUUGCUUUGCAUGUGAUUGUCUGACAUUGUGUCCUUAUAUUGGAUGUAAAAUGCUUAUGUCAUCACUUGCAAUUAAAGUUGUUUUGUAAGACAAA